UAUUGUUGAUUUUUGCCUCAUCAGAUGUUGAUUGUCUUGGGUUCUAAUUACAGCGUUAACGGUCUACUUCUGGGUUUCACCUGCGAGUCAAGAAUGGCCGCUAACUAUGCUACUGUAGAAAGGUGAGAAUUAGGGGUUUGUAAUCGGGCAAUUUACCAUGAAUACACUGUUGCUUCUGGCGUUAAUGGUUUUCUGCCAUGGGAUUUCCUCAUAUGGAGUUGUUACAAAUGUUUCUACAAGACCUGAUGUGGUAAAUAUAGGGGCUAUUCUCUCUUACAAGUCUAUUAUUGGCAAAGUUGCGAAACUCGCAAUGGAAACUGCAGUUGAGGAUGUGAAUUCUGAUCCAACUGUUCUGGCUGGAACUAAGAUAAAUCUUACGAUGCAGGACUCCAGUUACAGCGGAUUCCUUGGCAUUGUUGAGACCUUGCAGUUCAUGGAGAAAGACACCGUAGCAAUUAUUGGUCCCCAACUUUCAGUAACAGCUCAUGUAGUAUCUCACAUUGCUAAUGAGCUCCAAGUUCCUCUAUUGUCAUAUUCAGCAACAGACUCCACCCUGUCUCCACUUCAGUUCCCUUUCUUUGUUAGAACUUCCCAUAGUGAUCUUUUUCAGAUGGCUGCAAUAGCAGAAAUUGUGGACCACUAUGGAUGGAAAGAGGUAAUUGCAAUCUAUGUUGACGAUGACCAAGGCAGAAAUGGGGUUGCUGCAUUAGGAGACAAGCUUGCUGAGAGACGUUGUAAGAUCUCAUACAAAGCACCUAUGCCCCCUGAACCCACCCGGGAUAACGUCACCGAUGUGCUGGUUAAGGUUGCUUUAACCGAGUCUCGGAUUAUUGUUCUUCACACUUAUGCCGGUCAGGGUCCAGAGGUUCUUAACGUUGCAAAGUACCUUGGGAUGAUGGCAACUGGGUAUGUGUGGAUUGCUACUAACUGGCUCUCUACCAUACUAGAUACUAAUUCUCCAGUCGCUUCAGAUGUAAUGAACGACUUUGAAGGAGUUAUUACAUUGCGUAUGUACACACCAGAUUCAGAAGUCAAGAGAAAAUUUGUUUCUAGGUGGAGUAACUUGACCCGUGCAAAGAGUACUAAUGGCUCUUUUGGACUAAGUACUUAUGGUCUAUAUGCCUAUGAUACUGUUUGGCUGCUUGCGCAUGCAAUUGAUGCAUUUUUUAAUCAGGGGGGAAUUAUCUCAUUCUCAAAUGAUUCGAGGUUAACUGACGUACAAGGAGGGAGCUUGAAUCUUGAUGCUAUGAACAUCUUUGAUGGAGGGAAGUUGCUGCUUAAGAGCAUUUUGCAGGUCAAUAUGACUGGUAUAACAGGACCAAUCAAUUUUACUUCUGAUAGGAACUUCAUUUAUCCUGCAUUUGAAGUCAUUAAUGUCGUUGGCACAGGGUUUAGGAGGAUCGGUUAUUGGUCUAAUUAUUCUGGGUUAUCACUCGUCCCUCCAGAAAUGCUUUACACAAGCCCACCUAAUCGUUCCAGUGCAAGUCAAAGGCUAAGCUUCAUAAUUUGGCCUGGAGAAACAACACAGCGACCUCGUGGGUGGGUUUUCCCAAACAACGGAAGAGAAUUGAGAAUUGGAGUCCCAAAAAGAGUUAGCUUUCAAGAAAUGGUGUCAGAAGUGGGCAGUGACAUGUUCAAAGGGUAUUGCAUUGAUGUAUUUACUGCUGCAGUGAACUUGUUGCCAUAUGCCGUCCCAUAUAAACUAUUUCCAUUUGGCGAUGGUCGUAAUAACCCAAGUGGCACUGACCUUGUGCAGCUGAUCACAACGGGUUUCUAUGAUGCAGCAAUAGGGGACAUCGCAAUCAUCACCAACCGAACAAGAAUAGUGGAUUUUACACAACCAUAUAUCGAGUCUGGGCUGGUAGUAGUGGCCCCAGUUAGGAAGUCAAAUUCUAGUGCUUGGGCAUUUUUAAGGCCAUUCACUCUACAGAUGUGGGGUACCACAGCUAUCUUUUUUCUCAUUGUGGGAGCAGUUGUUUGGAUUUUGGAGCAUAGAAUAAAUGAUGAAUUCCGGGGUCCCCCAAAAAAACAAGUUGUCACUAUUCUAUGGUUUAGCUUUUCAACCUUGUUCUUCUCCCAUAGGGAAAAUACAGUCAGCACUCUUGGUCGGCUAGUGCUAAUAAUAUGGUUAUUUGUGGUUCUUAUAAUCAACUCAAGCUACACUGCAAGUUUGACCUCAAUCUUGACAGUGCAGCAGCUUUCUUCUCCCAUUAAAGGCAUUGAAACUCUGAUUAACAGCAAUGAUCCCAUUGGCUACCAGCAAGGUUCAUAUGCCCGAAACUAUUUAGUUGAGGAACUCGGCAUUCGCGAGUCCAGACUUUUUCCUUUUAAUUCACCAGAAGAUUUUACUACAGCCUUAAAAAACGGCCCCCAUAGGGGUGGUGUUGCAGCAAUUGUUGAUGAGCGUGCAUAUGUAGACCUCUUCCUCUCAACCCGAUGUGAAUUCAGCAUUGUAGGUCAACAGUUCACCAAAGCCGGGUGGGGAUUUGCCUUUCCACGGGAUUCACCUCUAGCAAUAGACAUGUCAACUGCCAUUUUAAAACUGUCGGAGAACGGAGACCUUCAGAGAAUCCAUGAUAAAUGGCUUAUGAGAAGUGCAUGCACUAAACAAGGCACAAAGUUUGAAGUGGAUCGCCUUCAGCUUAAGAGCUUCUGGGGCCUUUUUGCCAUAUGUGGGACUGCUUGCUUGCUUGCUCUCAUUGUAUAUUUGUUUCUGAUGAUGCGCCAGUUCAGCAGGCACUAUCCAGAGGAACUUAAGCCUCCUGGUUCAAGCUCAGGGUCUAAACGUCUUCGAACAUUUCUUAGUUUUGCUGAUGAAAAGGUAGAGGAUGUUAAAAGCCGCUCCAAGAGAAGGCAAAUGGAGAAGAACUCAAACAGAAGUGUAGCUACUGAAGAUGAAUCAAUCGACAGUUACAAGAGAAGACAUUUGGAUUUAUCAUCUUCAAAUAAGAGUCUUGAUAGUUGCAAUGAAACCUAAAUAUAUCCACCUUCUGUACCUACUUUUACACAAUUACAUAUUCUUAAUAGACUUCCAAUUCAUUUCCUUCUAGCUAUUAUCAUAGAAGGAAACUGUCGUAUUCCCAUCAAACCAGGGGACUACCACCAGGUUCAGAUCUCUAUAUAUCACCCAAAUUUGAAUUUGAAUUCAAAAUAAACUUCAAUCAAUUUAGAAUAUCAAACAUAUAUUUUUCUCUUUA